AUAUAUGUAUAGUAAAGGGGUAGAGGAAUCUCUCUACAUGAUUGAUUAAUCUCUCUCUUUUGGGUUUUCUAAGCUCGCUUUCUUCUUUAUAUAGCCGCUUUACAGUCUCUCUUUCUACCAAAGGCUUCCUGUUUUCUCUGUUUCUUCACUCUAGAAAGCAACCGUGAAGAUGGCUUCCUCCGGCUUCCAAAUCCUUUUCCUGCUUUCUCUCUUCGCCGCCUCGUGCUUAGCCCAGUCGCCGGCGCCUUCUCCGACGGUUUCCCCCACCGCCACCCCUACUCCGUCACCGACUCCCUCGAAGACGCCCGUUCCUGCGCCUGCUCCGGCCACUCCUUCGCCGUCCCCAACCCCAUCGCCAACUCCAUCUCCAACUCCGGUCGCAACCCCAACGCCGUCACCCUCCCCCGCCUCGAGCCCCUCCAAGACGCCAUCCCCAACUCCUAGCGCCCCCACGCCGCUGGCUCCGACCUCCCCCGGCGGCGCCCCGACCGAGCAGCCCUCCGCGGACAACACCCCCCCCGGUAACGGCGCCUUCGGCGCGAGCAAGUACGCCGUUGCUGGCGCUGCACUGACAGCAGCUUUCAUCGCCGCGGCGUUGAUGUAAAGCGGACUGAUCUGUUAGUACACGUGGCGGGUCGUGGGGUGUAGAUCUAUGCUUUGUAUGGACGGAGGAGAUUUGUUUUGUUCUUUGUUCUUGGUUCUCUCGGCGUAGUUUCUUUACUUUACUUUAUUUCUUUCUUUCUUUCUCUAUGCACAUUUUGGGUUUCGUUUCCGAUUUUAAUUUGCUCUGAAUCCAUUGAUGUACUUUGCUUAAUUUUAUUGAGAUGAUCUGCAGCAUCAGGGUGAUUUGUAUUGGUGUUGAUUAUUAUUUUAGUGGUGCUGGGCUCUAGCGUUGACACGUGGAUAUUCGGUGGAGUCCUAUUGUACAUUCAAUAAAUGAAUAAAAAUUUGUUCCUAUUCUUUUA